AUGGCUGGUUUUAUAAGAUUCCAAAGUACUAACUUUAACACCACCAUAAAUGGUGCCGCCGCCUUAGUCUUUUUAGUUAUAACUACUAUUAUCGUCCUCCACAGUCUCCGGUGCAUCUAUGGAAGAUGUCUUCUCCGGCGACACUAUAGGAGGCGCAGCGGUGGCGGCGGCGGCGGCGGCGGUGACGACCAACCAAUCCCUGAGCUAUUCAUUGCCAUUGGAGGACCCCAACAACAAUUCUCCUCACUUGAACCACCUAAAACUGGCCUACUCCCAUCAGUCAUCGCCGCAUUACCAACGUUCAUCUACAAAAAACCGGACAACACUGACGGCGCCGCCGAUGCCGCCGACACCGCCGAGUGUUCGAUAUGCUUGAGUACUUUAGAAGAAGAAGAAACUGUUAAGCUUCUACCCAAUUGCUUACAUGUCUUCCAUACACAAUGCAUUGAUAUGUGGUUGAGCGCGCAGACGACGUGCCCUAUAUGCCGUGCGGUGGCUGAACCUCAUGCACCACCGGUGGCGGCCGAGCAAGAGCAGGCCGCUGAAGAGGCCCAGUCACACGGAACAGGUGAUGAAGUAGUACCACCACCACCACCCUCUAUUUCUUCAGCACCAUUGGAACCAUUGAACUCAAUGGCACCAAUAAGUUCAGAAGGCACAUCAGAAGAGAGUUCUAGCGCACAAUCUUCAAAGGUGGUGGAUGAAUCAAGCUCAGGACUGAGCUCCUUUCAUAAGAUCUUUAGUAGGAGAGAGAGAUCAGGAAGGAGAAUUCAGCCGUUUGAGGUAUCGGCGAAUGGAAUGGAAAAUCCUUAG